AUGAAAUCCAGAAUCGCCUGUGCAGUAUUAAUUAUUACUGGAUUGACGGAGAAUAUUGGUCAAGUAUACAAAGGCAGGAAGUGGGUACCACCUAGGAUGAAUCCAGAUUUAUUUCCAGAACCUGAAUUUGAUUCAUCAUCACCAGAAUGCAUACCAUAUCGUGAACCUUGCGGUUUCUAUAGUUUUACCAUUAACGGUUAUCCGCCAUUAAAAUGGGUCAAAUCUUGGUGCAGAUGCGACAAAGAUCAUAUAUGUACGUAUGAAAGAACGGAUAUGAAAAUGCGAAUUUAUCGACAUUCUUGUACACCAAAAGAUUCCAAAGAAUAUGAUUAA